CGCGUCGCACGCCCACCGAAUGCUGAUAAGGGGCCGCGGAUAGAUAAAUCCGCGCACAGCUCCCACGCCGCUGGAUCCCCCGCUUGGGUUGUCACAUGUGUUGUCACGGGCCAGGAAAAUGAGCAUCCUGCGAAAGAGAUUGAGCGAGUUCGACGACGUUCUCGACGCGGACGAGAUAGAUACGGCCAGCCUCAGUAAAAUAUGUUUCCAUGGCGUGCCCGACGAGCCCGGUGGCCUCAGGCCCCUGUGUUGGAAGCUGCUGCUCAACUAUCUGCCACCGACAAAGUCCAGUUGGAUAGAGACCCUGAAGCGCAAAAGGGAAUUGUACAAUACCUUCAUCGAGGAUCUCAUUGUUAUGCCUGGCGAAUCGAAUGCAGAUGACAAGGAGAGAGUGGACGUGACGUUACACGAUCAUCCUCUCAAUUUGAAUCCCGACAGCAAGUGGCAGACGUACUUUAAAGAUAACGAAGUCCUACUCCAGAUUGAUAAAGAUGUCAGACGACUCUGUCCAGACAUAUCAUUUUUUCAACAAGGCACUGAUUAUCCGUGUCAAAAGAUAGUGAACGCUAACGGUCAGCAGCGUUUGCACCACAGAGUUCAGCACACGGUGCUGAAAAGCGCGAACGUCGAGAGGAAGGGCUUAGGAGUGACCAAGAUAGCGGUUUCUGUCAGAAAGGCUACGGAAGAUUACGCGCCGUUGGCCGAGGGUGGUGAGGCACACUGGGAAGUGUUGGAAAGAAUACUCUUCAUAUACGCCAAAUUGAAUCCCGGUCAAGGUUAUGUGCAGGGAAUGAACGAGAUAGUCGGACCCAUAUAUCACGCGUUCGCUUGCGAUCCGGAUUCCACAUGGAGAAAACACGCCGAGGCAGACACUUUUUUCUGUUUUACUAAUCUGAUGGCCGAAAUACGUGAUUUCUUCAUAAAGACGUUGGAUGAAGCUGAAUUUGGAAUUAAUUCGAUGAUGAGUAAAUUGACCAAUCAAGUUAGAACCAAUGAUCCCGAGGUGUGGCUGCGUCUGCAUCAGCAGGAGCUGUGCCCACAAUAUUACAGCUUUAGGUGGUUGACGCUCCUACUUUCGCAAGAGUUCCCCCUGCCGGAUGUCAUGAGAAUAUGGGAUUCCCUGUUCGCUGAUGAGAACAGAUUCAGUUUCCUCAUACAUAUCUGCUGUGCCAUGAUCCUAUUACUGCGGGACCAGUUGCUGGCCGGCGACUUUGCUACAAAUGUUAAACUCUUGCAGAAUUUUCCCUCGAUGGACAUCCAGAUUGUGCUCUCUAAAGCAGCUGCCCUGGCAGGCAAGACUUUAUAAUUUUUUUGAUUAAUUAAGAACGUGGACGCAAUGCUUUCUCGAAUAUGUCGAAUAUCAUGAUUCUCUUCCUCUCCUCCUUCCGAGUUAUUAAGACCACAUGCGUGAUAUAUAAGGUAAAGUAUAAUUUUAUAUACCAUCCUCAUUCCCGAGAGGAGAGAAAUGCAAUAAAAUAUCAAUUAUAAUAUCAGUAGAUAUUCAAGCUGAUAGCCAAUCUUAUAUCAAAUAUUUAACAGCUGUAUACAUGACAUACGUUCUUGCAGCGAAUACUGAGAUCUGUAUACAGCACUUUGCCAGAUGUUAAAUUUUUUGAUAUAUUUAAAGUAUAUUAAAGUAUAUUUGUGUAUAUAGUAUAUAUACACAUAUUGUUAUAUUGGAAUGUAACAUAAGAAUGUAAAUUUAUACAAAAGAUAUGAUAAUCAUUUCAUAAGCAGCAGAUAUUAAUUAGAGGAUUAAUGCUCAUUUCUACUCCAAUGUAGUUUAAUUUUAAUCGUACUAAAGCUUAACCUCUUAUUUACUUAAAAUUAUUAAUUUUAGGUAAAUAAUAAGUUAAAACUUUAUUUAUUUAAAAUUGUAAAAUUAAUGCAAAAAUAUUAUUAGGCAUCCACUUUGAUCGAAUAAGGCCACUCUUCGCUUAUUUACAUUGGUCGAUUUCUACUUAUUAUUUAUUAGGUAUUUAUCUUUUUCGAGAUGUUAGAAAAAAUUAAAAAAAAAAUGAAAAGAUAUAAAUUAAAUAAAAAUUAGAUAAAUUGAACUGAGAUUAAAGUUAAUCUACAUUAGUAGAAAUGGACAUAAAUCGAAGAGGAAAUCUGAUUUAAGAUUUUCCAUCUGUCCGAUACAAUAUGAAUUCUGCAAUAAUCACAUUACAAUAGGUUAGUAGCAUUUAUACGCGCCAUAAUAAUUACACGAUACGUUAAGAGGAGAAAUUACAUUUUGUAAUCUUAUUUUUGUAAGAAAAUAAACGCGCCGUUCGAACUACGUUUAUAAAAUAAAGGGAAACGUUAUCAGUUUUCCGUCAAGCCU